AAGGGAAAAUCUCUUUGGGGAGGCCGGUUCUUGCUGACAGCUGAGCUGAUACAAGCUGGUAAUGUACUUUAUUCUGCUUAAUAGCAAUGAUCUGCCCAGCAGGGAUUAAACCAGAGGCGCUGAUAACACGCCUGAGCACCGGAGGCAGCUGACAACCCCCCGGCACUUCACGUGGGGAGCGGUGGGAGAGCGCCGCUGGUCCAUGGGGCUCCCCCGGCCCUGCUGCCCCAGGGUGCAGGGGGGUCCCGCUGUCCCCCGCCCCACAUCACACUCAGAGCCCGGCGGGAGCUUCUGCAGCCAGGAGAGUCACAGCAAUUAACGGCACUGGUUUUGAGGAACUAACGGUGAAAGCAGCAUGUUAGCGAACGGACUGAGCACGGCGAGCUGCCGGGAGCCGGAGGCCGGCGCUCGGAGCGGGUGGUGAGCGGCGGCCGGACGCACCAGGCGCGGAGGAGAGGUCGAGAUGGAGGCGAGGUGAUGCCAAAGGCACGGAGGAGACCAUGGCCAGGCGCGGUGCCGGGACACCCUUCCUGCUGCGGCUCUCCCUGCUCCUGCUCCUCCGCCCGGGCGGGACCCUGGGCUGUGCCUCCGUGGUCGUGGGCUCACCCGUUGUGCCCCUGGGCUCGGCCGUCACGGCAUCCUGCACCAUCCAGAGCAAGCUCUGCCGCGGCUUGGAGCAGGGGAAGGUCCGGAUCACCUGGAUGCUGGACAACGAGCCCGUGGCCGGGAGCCAGCGCCGGGGCCCGGGAGGCACGGAGGUGUCCAACCUCACCCUGCCCCAGUUCAACCGCACGCAGGCCAAGCUGUGGUGCUGGGUGGAGUGGAACAGGACCAAGCAGCGCGUCGGCAUGGCCGAGAUCCGGGCGGGCUACCCGCCUGCGAAGCCCUUCAACCUCAGCUGCAUCCUGAACCUCAGCGACUACGGGCUGACGUGCCAGUGGGAUCCAGGAGCCGACAGCCACCUCCCCACCAGCAUCGCGCUGAAGUGUGCCGGGAGCAGAGCCCAGGCGGUGACGGGCUGCACCCCGCAAGGCGGCCGCAGCCGCUGCACGGUGCCACGUCGGCUGCUCCAGCUCUACCGGCAAAUGGAGAUCUGGGUGUCUGCCACCAACGCCCUGGGCAUGGCCGAGUCGGAGCAUCUCUGCAUCGACCCCAUGGACGUCGCCAAGCUGGACCCCCCGGCCCUGCAGAGCAUCCAGUCCAUCCCCUUCCAGACCGACUGCGUCACCCUGGCCUGGGAGGUGGCCCCCAGCAACGCGCACAUGGAGCUGCAGUGCGAGCUGCGCUACCGGGCGCCCGAGGACCCUGCCUGGGCUCUGCAGGUCACCAACAUCGUCGGCCAGGCCGGCACCACGCAGCGCUGCGGCUUCCUCUUCGGCACACAGUACCACUUCCAGAUGCGGUGCCGGCGGAGCUCGGCGCGGGGCUACUGGAGCGAGUGGAGCGCGGGCAGGAACUACACCACCCAUGAGAAGGCCCCCACGGGGAAGCUGGAUGUGUGGUGGAGCGCUCGGCCGGCCGGGACGGGUGGGUGGAAGGAGCUGCAGCUGCGCUGGAAGGCCCCGCGGCCGCAGGAGGCGAAUGGGCGAGUGCUGGGGUACCGUGUCACCCUGAGCCCCAGGAGGAGGGGCAGGGACCCCCCCACUGCCUGCAACACCACCCACACCCAGUGCAACUUCUCCGUGCCGGCGGGGACUAGGAGGGUCUAUCUCUCAGCCUACAAUGCCGCCGGCGAGUCGGCAGCGACCGAGGUCAUGCUCCUGGAGCGGAAAGGUCAGCCCCUGGCAGGGCUCCGGGCCGUGCCUGGGGGUGAGCGCAGCCUCUGGGUGUACUGGGAGGCCCCGCCGACCCCCCCGGCCGCCUACGUGCUGGAGUGGCAGCGGGUGUCCUCGGAGCCCAACCGCUGCAGCGCCUGCUGGCAGAUGGAGCGUGACGGGGCUGCCACCGCAGCCCUCAUCCGGGAUGGCAUAGAGCCGUUCCAGCGGUACAACAUCUCCGUGUACCCCCUCUACAAGGAUGCCGUAGGGGUGCCCGUCCACACCGCAGCCUACUCCAAGCAGAAGGCACCGUCCUACGCCCCAAAGCUCCACCUGAAGAGCAUCAGCAAGUCCGAGGCCGAGCUGUGCUGGGAGCCGGUGCCAGUUGAGAUGCAGAACGGCUUUAUCACCAGUUACACCAUUUUCUGGGCCAACAGCACCACGGAAGUGUCCAGUGAGGGGCACCGGCCACGCAGCCCCCGCCACGCCGGCAGCCCCCGCGUUCCCCCAGGCGCUGCCGUGAAUCCCUCCCUCGGCUCCUUUCUCAUCCGGGAGCUGAAGCCGUCGACCCUGUACAAAGUGCACAUCAUGGCAUCCACGGCCGCCGGCGGCACCAACGGCACCAGCCUGACGCUGGUGACCACGGUGCUAGAUGACAUCGAAAUCCAGUUCCUCUUCCUGACCCUGGGGCUGACCUUUGUCUUGCUCUUACUUUUGCUCAUCUGCUUCCAGAAGAACGGGCGGGUGAAGCAGCAGUUUUGGCCCAGCGUCCCCGACCCCGCCAACAGCAGCCUGGGCAAGUGGGUCCCGGCAGAGCUCCAGCAGGAGCCUCUGCAGGUCCCCGGCGCCAGGGAGCCCGGCUUGGCGACCAUUUCCACCGUCACGGUGCUGGAAAGGGCGGCAGGGAAGCAGCCGUCCCUCCGGGGCAAGGAGCUCACCACGGAGCCCGUCGUGCCCCAGCCCUACGUGCGGCAGGAGGGCCCCGGCACACCGGGCCGGGGCUGGGCCGCAGCAGCGGGGAGCGGGGAGCCCGUCCAGUACGCGCGGGUGUCGGUGUCGGGCGGCGGGUACAAGGGCCAGCAGCACGUCCCGCCGCCCCUCAACCUGCGCUCCGGCUCGGCGCAGCCCCUGCUCCUCGACCCCAGCCCCAAACCCUACGAGAACCUCUGGUUCCACGCGGCCGCCCCCCACGCCUGCCCGGGGGACGGGGGCUACCCCGAGGAGCUGCCCGCCACCUUCCCCUUGCUGCAGGGCCUCCGCAUCGGCGGGGCCGAGGAGCUCCACGACUGCCGGGUGUUUUAGCGCCGGGGGCCGGGCAGCGCUAAAUCCAGCCCCAGGCUUCGCCCCGCGGCCUGCGGGGGGCCCGGCCCGGGGCCGCCCAACGGGGCUCCCUCAGCCGGUGCUGUGUGCGUCCCCUCCCCUCCCCUCUCCUCUACCCUACCCUCCCCUCCCCUCUCCCCUCCCGCAAUAAACGGGGACGCGCUGAGAACGGCCCCGGGCGCCUGUAGCGGCGGGGGGACCCGGGGCUGCGGGGGGAGCGCCCCCCCACUCCCCGCCCGCCCAUCGAUGCGCUCGGGCCGCCGCG